AUGCGACUCUGCCAGGAAAGGGUGGGAGGCGCUGGUCCCGGGGCGGCAGAGGAGAGGCAGGCCCAGCUCCAGGUCACGGCAUCAGGAGAUGACGAAAGCCAAUCCACCGCACAGCGAGCCAGAUGGUCGGGCCAUCGGAGGUGGAAAGGUUAUAUUUGGGAUCCAAAAACCAUCGCCAGCCCUUUCUUGCAGAUUGAGGCGGCACAACGGAUCGCAGCCAAGACUGCUACAUGA